CGGUCCCGUGUGCGCGUUUUGUCGUUGCGUAUAUCGUGUAAAAUAUUAUAUUGUAUACGCGCGUUAUAUAUAUGCACGUUCAUUAUGUUGCACCAAACAACGACGGCACAACCCAUUGUCGACGAUCGUAGACAGACAGACACGAUGACCGACACGGAACCAUCGUCACCACCGACCCAGCAAAAUAUCCGCCCACGCGAAUCCGAAAGCUCGUCGCCGCCGCCCUCGGCCGCGUUGUCCGAGCCCCCGGGAGCCGGUUACAUCGACGGCGAUAGAGCGCAAACGACGGUCGCGGAUACCCCGACGGAAGAGACUGCAGCGAUGACGGCAACAGCUGUAUUGGCGAUUACCGCGGAGGCGGUCGCCGAUGAAAAAGCGAUAACGGAUGCUGCGGUCGUCGGCGAAAAGGCAGCGGCCGCGGCUAAUGUAGAGGUGACAGAAACGGCGGCUGCGGCCGACGAGAAGCCGGCGAGCACCGCGGUACCGCUGAAAGUAAGUGUUGCGGUUUGAUUUUUUUGAUUUUUUUUUUUUUUUUUAUGCUAUUAUCAUACCGACGACCGAAAUUAUUCUAGUGUAGAAUCCCUAAUUCCGUAAUAUGUACAUUAUACACUCCCGAACAAAUGUCCGAAUGCUGUUACACACUUUUACAGAGAAGUAGUGUAGGCACUCUAUAUUACACACUAUUAUAUUCUACACACUCAAAAUGGUAGCGUGUAAUUUGUAAAACUCUGUAUAAUGAAGAACACAUAAUCCGCGGUGAAUACACUUUAGUCUAUUCUGGUACGAUAUACGUGCUAUAUUUUGUAUGAAGGUUUUUUUGCUAUUAAACUGGUUGUGUUAAUGCUUAUACUAAAACACAAUCGUUUUAACUACUAAUAAUUCAAGAGAUUAAUUAAAUGAUUCAUGUGAUAAAAUGUUAUACAUAAUAACAACCCAUAACUACUCAUGUAUAAUAGUGUAUAUAUAUACAUACACACAUCAAUAUAUAUUUAUGUAAUAUAAUAUAUCUACUUAUAUUUAAUACAUAGUAAAUACAACAUUUUGUUUAAUGAUUUUAGUUGCUUUUAAAAAUCCAUCGUUAUAGUUUAUACGACCCUGUGUUUAAAAUGUAUACGCAUUAAUGCAUUAUUAUGUUAAAAUAUAAUUAAUACGAAAUAAUUAUUAUUUCUAAAUGCUAAAAGUUUUUCAAACAAGUAACCUAUGUCAAUAUAUUAUUUGUACUUGAAUGGCCCGCCUAACAACAAAUAUAAGACGAAUGCAAAUGCACGCACACUUUGACUGACCCGACGGAAAAAAAAAUGAAACGUUUAAACGCAUUUCUUCGUUUAUUAAAUGAUUUCCAUAAUACACAUAAGUAAUUAAAUAGUGUACUAUCGCUUAUAAUAUGUAUAAAUAGAUGAUUGCCGAUUGAUAUUAAUAGUUGCUAUCUACUCUGAACAAUUUCGUGAAAUCAUUUCUUUCGAUUGUACAGAGCUUGAUAAAUGUUUUGAAAUAAAUGCUAAUUUUGAGUGAAUAAUAGCGGAAGAAGUUUCUAAAGAAUACUCACGGCCAUAUGGCAUUGAUUUCUCAAAUUAUUAACAAAACGAAAUAAUACAUUUAUUAUAAAAAAAUAACGCUUCGCUAAUUAAUGGUUUUAAUUAUAUCCGCGGUUACCAUUAUUUACUUGUUAUCUGUUAUUUAUUUGUUGAAUUAUCAUCAAUCAGAUAUUAAUAAGUAUCAGGUGCGUGUAUAAGGGGGGAGGGGGUUUGGGGUUCGAACGCCUUCAGAACUUUCAUGAAAAUUAUGUUUAAAUAGAGUCUCUAACCACUUGGUUUCUGUCAGCGAGGAAGAUAAAUACAAUUUUGGUUUUGUUUUUAUUUUAUUACUAGAUAGUAGGUUAUGAUCCUAUAUGUGUAUUGUUUUAUAUUAUUAUUAUUUGCAUUUCCAAUUUUUUGUGGUUUUUCUGUUUUUAGAAAAUUAUAACUGAUACGGUAAUAUCACAUAGUUUGCAUUAUUAUCAAAAUUAUAUGAAUUACGUUAUCAUUUAGGCUGUAGUUACUAAAAAAAUAUUAAAUGUAAAAAUUAAUAAUAGGCACUUAUAAAAGGAUAAAAUUAAAUGUUAUAAAAUAAUGAAAUUUUUAAUAUAAAAUAAAUAAUCCUAUACAAUUGAAAGUACAUAAUCUUCUUUGCUAUAAGAGUAUGAAAGUGUGCAACCUUAACAUCCCACUUUCCGAAACAUUUUUUUAUAAACGCACCUGAUAAGUACAAAGUAUAAAUGAAAAUUCAAAAGACAUUUCCAAUAUAUAAAAUGUCGAUGAAGCUAUACUAAAAAGCGAACUUCUAAUAACAGUAAAUUAAAACACAAUUAUACACGAUUUAAAAUAAUAACUUGAACUUCAUUAAAAGCUGUUUUGGAAGGUAAUUUGAUAAUUCUUUAAAAAAAAGGAAUUUAAUGCAAAUAAGAAAACAAUUUUGUAUUUUUUCCAUCUGUCAACAAAUUUUCUACCAGCGAUAUUCCUUUGAUUAUCAACCUCACGGGUAGUUUCUGAUAGAAAAUGUUAUCUAGCUGUUGUGCUUAGGAGGUCAUUUUUUAUUUUUAUUUUCAACUGUUUUCUUAAUAAUUAGGAGAAUGUAAGGAAAUCGGAAAAACGCACAUUAUUUUUGACGAUUUCUGUUAUUUUUGAUAAGCCCAUCUAUCAAUUAUCCUUUUAUCAGGGUUAUGUUGAUUAGUUGAAGCACUUUUUUUAUGGAUUUUAAUUGCAAAUAAAUCAGUUCCCUAGCUAUUAUAAUCUAAGACAGUAAGUGUGUCUUCUUAAUAAAAUUAUUUAUUAGUAGUUUUAAAAUUCGUUUUUUAUCUUUGUUAUUAUGUUUUACUAUGUAGGUAAGUACCUGUAAUUACACGAAGACAAAAAUAAUAACUACCUUAAUAAUCAUUAAAAUAAAUUAUUAAUAAAUUUGAAAUCAAUAUGAACCUAUUAAAGUUUACUUACUCUUUAUUUUAUUGUAAGUAUAAUUUUACCAGCAAGUUUAAUCGUAGUUGUAUUAUUAAUGUCUAUGUGAAUUAUUGUAUAUUACAUUUUUAUAAGUAUAGAAUGUAUGCAAUAGGUAAUUCAGUAUCAACUACCUAUUUUAAUUGUUUUCUUAUUAUUAUCGAUAUUCGAUACCAUAGCUAUAUAAUAUUUUGGCCUAUAUAGACUAUUUAGACUAUGUAUAUUACUUAUAUUUGAAAGUUAUCUGUUGGAAUGAUCAAGUUGCGAUAAAAUUAUAAUUAUGAAUUAUGAACAUUCAUUUCAUUUUCUAAUAAAAAUAGUUUAUCAUCAUAGACCAUUUUUUUUACUAAGAUAGUUUUGUUGAGUUUUUUUUUUUAACUUAUCAAGAUCCAUAUUAUAAAAUUAAUAAAAUAUAGCGAAUUAUUUGUGCAAUUAUGUAACCAAUUAUUGAUAUAACAUGGAACCCAUAGAAAAUAAUUUUUUUUUAUAUAACUAUUAGUUGAAUUUGGAUCUUAAUAUAGUGACUAAAAUCUACAUUAUAACGGAUACUUAUAUAUAUUUAAGAAUUUAUUUUAUGUGUAUAACGUAAUCAUGUAAGUCUAAUAAUAAUAAUAAUAAUUGUAAUCCAAUAUUAAGUAAACGUUGAUAUUUAAAUAUUUCAGAAUAUUGAAAUUAAUGUGAAUAACAAAACUGAAGUCAUCAUUGGUGUUACACCCCAAAUGCAGGUAAUUGUAAGAUCAUAUAUGUCUACUAUAAAAUGUAUAAAAUUGUGGAAUAUUUGUUGAAAAUGUGGAUUUAAAAUGAAACAUUUUUGAUCAGCACAUAAACGAAAAAAUAACCGCUUGAGAAUUAAUUUCAAUUUAUUGCCAUAUUAUCAUAAGGGUAAAUAACACAUUUUUUUUUUAAAGGUUAGAUUCUAAAUUAAUAUUCUAUUAAUAAGAUGUUAUUUUAGAUUUUCAUAGUGGGAUUAAAUAAGUAUAUUUGCUUUUUUUUUUUUUUUUUUUUUUAAAUUGACUCAAAACAUUUAAAAAAAAAAAAUACACAACUAAUACAAUCUACUCAUCAUGAAUAUAAUAAAUAAUUACACAUCUGAUCAGUUUUGAUUCUUUAUUUUACAUUAGAAGCGAAGCGAGGGAUCUGUUGGUUUUACUGUAAUAUGUGCCUUUUUUUUUUAUCUGUAAACAACUUUUCGAAAAGAAAUAUUGCUAAAACACACUAAAAAGUGUGUCAUAUCUAUACAAUUUUAGUUCCUGUUAUACAUCAUGGUCAUAUUGACAUAUUUGUAUGUAUUUUACAAUACCAAAUAACAUCAACACGUUAAACAAUAAAUUUAAACAUAUUUUAAAAUGUACCCAAUUGAUAUAACUUUUAGUAGUAACAUAAUAAUAGUAGCCCGGUAUGUAAACUUGUGACAUUAGCUUGCUAUAUACCUUAGCUUGCACCGGAACGUGCUUAUUAGGGGAACGAAAAGGAAAUAAUAUACCUUGAUAUUUGUAUACUAAUACUAUAAACCUAUAUCUGUAGAAUACGUCUUAUCAUUUAAACACGUAUUAUAAUUCAUUUUAGCAGAAUAUAAUAUUACACACAUGAUAUGGAAAAAUAGGUUUUUCAAUACGUAUUUAGUAUAUAAGUGAAUAGCUAGGGCAAGGGAAAAGAACGUUUUUGAAAAAUAUGUAAUUGUACAUGUAAAAAAAAAAAAAAAAAAAACGAAUAAAUAUGCAGAAUAGACCUAGUAAAAUACUAAAAGGUUAUCUGUGAUUGUCAAUAACAUAAAAAUAAAAAUAAUUUAUUUACUCAAAAGUUCAAUACAGAAUUUAUGAAUAAGACACAAUUUAAUUUAUUUUAUUUUAUUCAGGAAUUAUAAUCUAGAAUAUGAAGUAAAUACAUAAAAACAGGUAAGGUAAUUUUAAAAUGACGAAUUAUAAUAUUGUAUUACCUAUUAUAUUUAUUUAUAUUAUUUACUAGCUGUCCCGUGCCCGGCGUUGUCUGUGCCAAUUUUUAUUAUUAUUAUUUUACUCGUAUCAAUUUUUGGAAAAGUUGGAAAGGUAGGAUAUAGAGAUAAAAUUAAUUUGUAUCUGUAAGCAACGAUAAACCAAUGCUUACUAAAAAGUAUUCUAAACAGAAUUCAGUUGAUAGUGAUGCUUUGUCAAUAUAUAUGUCAUAGUAUGGUAAAAUAAUUAAAUAGGCAAUAUAUAUUUUCUUUAAUAAUAUUUGUUAAUGCUAUACCAAUUUUCCUGCUUUUUCUACGUUCCUCCAGUUUUCUCAUGUUUUGUCCCGGUUUUUCAUAUUUGCUGGGAAAACUUUUGGGAAAAUCGAAAAAUGACCUCCUUAAAAUACCUCCCCAGUCAGAUUUACUUUUAAAAAAAGUGCUAUUAUUGUAAAUCGGUACCAAAUCGCUUGUUGAAAAGUUGUUUACAAAUAAAAAAAAUCAUAGUAAUUUACUAAUCUAAAAAGUAUCUUUCGUACAUUUUCCCGGUUUUUCUCACUUUUUCCCUUUUUUUUUGGAAAACUGCCCAAAAAAUCAAAAAAUUACCUUCUUAUAGUAUCAACCUAAGAAAAUUUCCUUUCAGAAAAGCGUCUACAUUGUAUACAUCAGAGUAAAAUUUUAAUUAAUUAAUUUAUGAUUAUUAACUAUUUUGUGUUUACUUUAUUAUAUAAUAUUAUAAUACUUGAUUUGACUGAAUGCUAAUAUUAUUAUUAUCUCAUAAAGUCCGUGUAUGUGGCGAACCUAAAUAUUUUCAAUUGGAGAAGAUAUAAUUAGUGGUAGAAAAUCACUACUUUCAAUGUAAUGGGCUACCACUAUUCACACAGUUCUAAAAAGAAGUUCUCCUCAAAAUUUGUUUUUUUAUUUUUAAGUAAUACGCUACUUUUUUUGACUUAUAAAAAGGAACUUAUGUUUAUCAAUCUUAUAAAAUAUAGUACCCUAAAUAUUAGUUUUUAUUACGAUACAAUAUAGUGACAAUUUAUUUACGUUUGAUGUUUCCGAAAAGAGAAAAAUAAUCUAUAUCUACAUAUUUUAUUUACCAUAGACUAAAAUAAAAAUUACACAACUAGAAAUUAUAUAAUAUUUUAUUGAAUUCACAAUUUUAUUUUAGUGAAAGGUAGCGCUUAAAGUAGCACAUUUUUAUGAAAAAUGUAGUGUUAUUUACUAAAAUACCUAAUUAUACGCUAACUACGCUACCAGUAUUGCCUCAAAAAAGGUAACACUCCACAGUAGCGUCGUACAAAUAAUGUGUUACUUCCAACCAUUGGAUGUAAUAAAUUAUAAUCAUAAAACAUGAAUGAAUCAUACAAUUUUCUUCUAUUAUACCUAACCCGAAUAUGAGAAUUUAAAAUUCAGAUUCAAAAAAGCAAAUUUUUAUUCAAUAAAACAAGCUUUUUCCUUGUAAUUUGACAAAUAUAUAAAUUCGAAAUAAAAUUAAUACAUUUAUAUUCAUAGCACUUAUAUUUUUAAGCUAAUGAGGGAAAUAUAACCCUUAAUCCUUCUACGCAUACCACUGUGUGUUUGUAUUUAAAUCACUAGGUAGUCUGAUGGUUUAUUUCCAUCAAUCAAAUUAUCAAAGUUGGUAAACGAAUGAUUUUUCCCGUAGGAGAGAAUUAAAAUACUCCCACGGUACCUAUCGUAAGAGUUGGAAACCGAGGUUGCGUUAGAUCGAAAGCAGAUUUCAAAUUCUGUCAAACAGUAUGAGAAGUUCUAAAUUAGACUUUGGCAGAUUGUCCUAUCUCAGAUGUGCGCGAGGACAACAGGUGAGAGAACGUACCACAGUGCAUGAUGUUUGUAAAUGAUAUAGCUUUGAUAGAAGUAAAUUUAGAAAAAGUUAACAAUAGACUUGAAGAAAAGAGGUUAAGAAUAAAUAGAAGUACAAGAGUAUAAAUAGAUUAUGGGUAUGAAGGAACAGGACAAAGCGGGUAAUGACAAUAAACUGUGACGUAACAGGUGAGGUAUAAAGUUUUAAAUACCUAGGAUCUUUUGUGUAAAAGAACGGUGGCAUUGAUGAGGAUGUGAAACAUAGGAUUAAGUGUGAUUAAAUAAAGCGGAUAAAAGUUUCAGGUGUUUUUAAGUGAAAAGAGAAUUCCAAUGAGACUUAAAGUAAGUUCUAUACAAUUGUGAUAGAAUGAUUAUGUUGUAUGAUUCGGAGUGUUGGGUGGUAAAUAUAAAAAUAGAACAGAGAAUGAGUGUAGCAGAGAUGAAAAUGCUUAGGUGGACGAAUGGAGUGAUGAGAGAAGGUUAGCGUGGUUUCGAUAGUUGACCAAAUGAGAAAAAAUGAACCGAGAUGGUUUGAACAUGUCAUGGGUGAAAGAAAUCUGAAGUAGUAAGCAUUGUAAUUAAAAUAAACACAGGAGAAAAUAGGUGAAGACGAAAUCUGAAAAAGCGGUAGUUGGAUGUGAUUGAGAAUGAUAUUAGAAUAGCCGGUGUAUGCAAAGUGGGUGAUCGGGUUAAAUACAAAUUUAUGACGAGGUUAGCCGACCCCACAUAGUUGAGAUGAAGACAAAGGAGAAUAAGACGAUAAACAAAUUAUUAUUAGGUAUCAAAUAUUUAUUUUUAUUUAUCUAGUUAGUAUUUUUGUUAUUUUAUCCGAAUAAAUGAUUUCGUUUCAAAAGUUAAAAACAUUUCCGUUAUCAGCUAGUUGAUGAUAUCAAAAUUUUGAUAAAUAUUUUUAACGUGUUACACAAUGCACUCAGUUUAGAUUUUUUUAGGAAGUAUUCUGACAAUAUUAUCCCAUAUAUUUUAUCAUAUAUUGGUUACAUAAAUUAAAUUCAUGAUAGCCCCAUUCCUCCCCCUCUAUACAUUGUUCAAAAUUAAGGGGAUUUAACCCCCGGGACGUCCCCUAAAUCCGAAUGCACCUAUUUUGUUUGUAAUUGUAAUCUGUGGCUAGCUGGUACCUUAAUAAGCAAUAUUGGCAUUAUUGGUUUGGCAUUGCCGGAUUACAUUCAGACAUUAUUUGUUUACCUAAUAUUAAUACCUAUAAUUAUUUUUAUUAUUUUAGAUCAACGUCAAUAGAGAAAACAAAAUUAUCAGUAAAAAACUCCAGAAAAUGGAAAAGGAUAAGGUCAGUGUCUAUCAUAUACUUAAUACUUACUUUUUUGUUCAGUAAGUUUAUUAUUAUUAUUAUUUUACGAACUUUCAAUAGUAAAACAUAUUUUUUAAAAAAAGGUAAAAUUUAUGUCCUCACCGUUUUUAACAAAUUCUUGGACAUUUUAGAUUCUGAGUGUAGUGAAUAGCAUAUAAGAUACUAAAAUGUGUUUUUUUUUUCGGAAAAUAAAAAAUACAUUUAAAUUUUUUUAAAGUAGGAAACAGACAAUUUUUAAAUAAUAUGUAGACUACACUUCUAUCGUAAUUUUUAUUUAAAAAUCUUUCUUGUAAAAAUGGAAGAACGCGGUAGAUCAAAAUAUUGGAUAUUUCGUAUGCCGACUGUUUCUAUAAUAGGUAUAGCUUCAUACUACUCAGAUGGAUGCAAAAAGACGAUACUAAAGUACUGCAUUAUAGCCAGGUUAGGUCAAGUACUUAAAUGCCGUGUUGACCGUGUUGUUCCGUCUUCCUAAUACUAUCAUUGUAGAUAGAUCUUACUCGUAGAUACACAAAAUGGACGAAUGGGCAACGCAAUAGAUUAUAUGAUUUACAUAAAAUGACAUGGCAGAAAUUCGUAUUUACGACCGGUCGUCAAGUGACUGACUUCCAAUUUGUUUGCACUUGUUAUACCUAUAUCUCGUGAGUUUAUUCAAAUCUUUAUUAACUCUAUGCUUGAUAUAUUUUCAACUUAACAAAAAAUAUGAAGGAUAAAAGCACUACAUUAAAUAGACUCAAAUAAAUACCAUAUGGUUCAUGUACUUACAUAGUUACAUAUAGGCACAUCAAAUAUUGGAUUAUGGCUUCAUAUAUUUUAAUUAUUUUAUACACAGGAGGAUUCAUUUAAAAGGCUAUUACAAAUAUUGCUUCAAUCGAAAAAUUACAAGGGAUCGAUUUUGUUCCUUGUAAUUUGUAUAUCAUCAUUAAUAGAGAACGUUGUUUUUCGAUAACUAAAGUAUUUUUCAUAAUAAUUAUAAAAUACCAAAAAAAGGAAAAAUACAAUUUUUUUCAAGUUACAGCGCUAGAAUUCCUUUAUUUUAAAUUUUUACGGCUUAUGUUUUCUACAAAAAUACUGUUCCAAUAAAAAAAUGACAAGAGACAUUUUUAUUGUAUUUUUAAUCUAGUUGGUGAGUAAAAAAGUCGGUUUUUAUUUUCUUUGAAGUUUUUUUAAAAAUUUAGUAAAACCAAAAUACACUUAGAAAGAACGGGAAAAUUUACAAAAAUGAUUCUUUUAUUCUUUUAAAUAUUUUUUUUAAUGCAAUUGAGUUAAAAAUAUUCAUUGAUAAUUGAAAUUUUGAUAGAAAACUUAUAUUUAAUUUUUCUAGACGUGGUUAACUUUUCAAAAAAUUUGAACCAUUUUCAAGGAAUUUAUACACAUUUUACAAACUGUAUGGGUACACAUAAAUGAUGUCCCACUACUUUCAUCCUUACUGAAACUUAAAAUGAAAUAUGUCGUCAGCAGGUUGACGGAAAUUAAUAAUUUCAACAUCAAAGUGUAUUAAAUUAAUAUUCAUCCAUUUAUGUAAUUUUGAAUUUUAUUUUUCAUUUGAAAAUCAAAAUUAGGUAGUUUUUUUACCCCAAACAGAAUGUGACAUUUAAGAAUAUAUGAUUUCAAAAAGUUUUAAGUUAUUAUUUUAUUUUUAAAAUAAGUAAUUUAUGGAAAAUUUAACAGUUUCUUGAAAUUUGAAUGAUCCUGUAUUGUUAUGCAGGAGUAUGUCUAAUUAACCACCUCACAAAGAAAUUAAGUACAUUACGUAGUUAGAGAGAAAAUACAUAGUUUUCCGAAAACCUUUUAAAAAUAUAUUGAAAAAUAGUGUAAUCCGUAGUUUUUAUGUGAGCAUUUUUCUAGAAAAAUAAUAUGUAGAAUUGUAUAAGUGAAAUGCAAACAUGUAUUUCAGUUUUAAUUUUGAGAAUUAUUUGUAAUAAUAAUCGCAUGUUCACGUUCAAAUAAUAAAACAGACAACAGUAUACUGACUUGCCUCCUGUGAGUUGUGACCCACCCAAAACAUUGACCUGUCAAAUAUGUCCGUUUUUUUUAUAUAUAUCUAUUUGAAUUUUACCUUUUCAUCCUUUUCAUUAAGACGGUCUUUUUUUCGUGAUUUUGACAUUAAGCUUUCUCUUUUUGUUUGAUGUAUCAUACAAGAGCUACACAAUAUUGUUAUUGCCGUGAUGGCAACAAUAGUGUGGCAACAACGCUGUGGUGGAACGAUAAAAAAUUAAAGCGCAAUCAUGUUUAUCAGAUUAUAUUCAUUAUAAUAUUAUAAACACUACAUACGUAUACUACAUAUACAGUGGCGUAGGAAAGGAAGUCUUGCCAGCGCGUCCGGGUCGCUAAAAAAUAUACACUUUUCAUACAGGUACUUUAGAGUAAACAAAUUCACGUAUCCACUUAAUCAUUUAUUUUUCUAUUAUUUAAUUAAAAAAAAAACCAUACUUAUUAUCAUUAUACUAUAGGUGCUAACUAUUAAAUUAAUUUUGAAUAGUAGUAAAAGCAGUUAAAUAGCAUUAUAUUGUAAUUGACUUUUAAAUUUUUUUUUUUUUUUUUAAAGACGACUUUGUAAGUCGCCUAUACCUAAAAGGCUUAUAUUCUUAUAUAGGUUCUCUAUCUAAUACUUAUACAUAUUUAUAGUUCUAAUUCCUAUUUAUAAAUACUUAUUCAGCUAAUUAAAAUUUAAUCGUUGAAUAUUAUAAUUGUAUACUUUUAAAUCAUAUUCAUCGGAAUCAGAUGAAUCAGUGGACAAUGAAUAGGUAGGUUCAUAAUAUUCUAAUCAUUUAUUUGCUAGUAUAAUAGUACACAUCGUUCAAAAUAGUUGUUUAAUGCUAUGAUGUUGCAUAGUUUUUAAAUUUCAAAUUACAACACACCUAUUUAUAUAUUAUAUUAUAAUAUAACACACGCACACCUAUAUCCAAGUUGUUUAUUGUACGAAGUAUGUACCUAUAAGCAUGAGUAGUAUGACAUUUUUUUUAUUAAUCAUCCUUGGCCACAUGUUGUGUAUGCAUGCAUAUCUGGGAUUAAAUACAUGCUAUUAUUAUACCUACUGUAAAUGAACAUGACUCAUUUCAAUACUGUUUUAUACAUUUUUUAAAAAAAAUGUAUUAUAAUAAGACUUACAUUGGCUUGUACCGAAUUAAACAAAUUCAAACUGUAAAUUUAAUAGAUAUAUAUGUAGCUUUAAAUAAUAACGGACAUACUUCAUACUACAUACUUGUAGGUGAGAAGUUGGGAAGGUAGAUGGGAAAUUUAAUGUAUAUCUCAAUGAAACGUAUAUAAUUGGUAACGAAAAAUGAUUCUGAGUGGAGAUCGUUAAAAAAUUACAAAAGCCGUAAUAUUUACAAUUUGAAAAUACAUUUGUAAAUUGUCCUACUUUUCCUAUUUCUUAUCCAAGUUUUUUUCAAUUCUUAUGAAAAUCAAAAAUCAAAAAAAUGAACUCCCUAAAGUACCACGUAGAUAAAUUCAGAAAAGGUGCUACUCAUGAUACAUUUAUGGUAAUAAUUUUCUUCAUAGUAUAUAAACAAAUUAAUAUCAUUGCUAAACCAAUAUAUUUCUCGCUUCACUCAGAAUCUUUAAAACAUAAAAUAUGCAAGCACUUCUGCAUUUUAAAGCCUUAAAAUAUGUAUUAAAAAUAUUUUUUCUAAAUAUUUAAAUGAUUACUAAUAUUAUUAUUUACCAAUUGUCUCGCUUGGCGUAGUUGUCUGUGCCAAAAGAAAUACUACCAUUACUAUCUUAUUAUUUAUUUUUUUGUUUUAAUAUAUUGAUUUAACAAUGAUAUUAAUUUUAUUUUUAUAUAAUGUACAAAAUUAUUACCAAAAAUCUCACUUCGAUCUAUCAAGUGUAAAACCUUUUAUGAAUUUAAUUAGGUGGUACUUUAGGGAAUUCGUUUUUUGAUUUUCGAAGCAGUUUUUAUAAGAAUUGAGAAAAAAUUGGACAAAAAAUAGGAAAAAUAGGAAAAUUCACGAAAAUAAUAUUUUUAUUAUUUUCAAUUUUGUUUUUUUGUUGUUAUUCAGUUAAAAAUGUUCGCAAUUGAAAUUUGAAAUUUAGACAGAGAAUUUAUAUUUACCUUUUAUAAAAGUGGUAAAAAUUUCAAAACAUUAUAGCCAUUUUUAAGCUCUUUAUAGAUAUUUUAAUUUUUUGAGUUUUUUACGUAAUUUCAUUCGGCAGGUACUUUGUGAAUAAGAUUGUUAGUCUAAAGAGAAAUGCUUGACAAUUUAACAGAAUACAUUAUAAGUUGUUCUGAGUUAUCAAUGAGACAAAGUUGAAUUUAUUGUAGGUAAUAAUAUUUCUUUUUUUUUAUAAUAAUUUUAAUAUCAAAUUUUGACAAAAAUCCUAAAUAUUACGGCUUUUCAAAACAUGUCUGAACAUAACCAAACUCCACUCAGAAUCAUUUUUCGUUAGCAAUAAUUAUUCAUUGCACACAUAUAUACAUCAAAUUCCCCACUAAAUCCUACCUUCACAAAUUUUAACCUACAACAAUGGUCUACCUAAUGUGUGAAAUAUGUCCGUCUAUUUUAAAUUUUGUUUUGAAUUUCAUCAUUGUCCCCUGGGCAAUCUAUAAUUCAACUUCAAAUUAAACAAACUUUCGUAUUUAUAUUUCAGAAUAUUCAGUAGGAAUUAAUUAAUAUAUAUUUAAAAUAAUAAUAUAAUAUUUUAAUUUAAUUUAAUUUAAAUUAUAUUCCAUACCGUGACUAAAUGUUUGAAAAAUAUUUUCUCUUGAUGCAACUUUAACUUUAACUUUUUAUUUAUUUAAAAGAUAUUGUAUUAGUUAAUUGAUUAAUAAAUAUUUUUAAUUUGAAAUUCCUUCUUCGGACACUCAAAAUUAAAAUUUAUUAUUUAUAUAUAAAUGAAAAUUAAUUAAUUAAUGUUAAUAUUUUAUGGUUUUAUUUAUGAUAGUCGUUUUGAUAAAUGUUAUUUUUAAGAUAUUGUGUAAAAUAUCCGUAAAAACCUCAAAUGUCUUAAAUAGCAAAAAAGACCUUAACGUGCAAAAAUAGGCAACGCAAAAUUAUAGAUUUGGCUUUAUUGUAAAAUGAAACAAAUUUCUUGCAACUUUGCAAAACAAAUACGUAAAUGCUAGGAAAGCUAUGCUAUUAGAUGUAAAGUUAUUAGUUAUAAAGUUUAGAUGUAUAGGUACUCAUAUGUAAAAUGAUCGAUUCCGGACGAGCAAAUUAAAAACAAUCUUCCAAAUGUAUAAUAAAAAAGAUUUAACGUUAUUUCAACAUACAAAUGCAAUAACUAAUAUUUAUUUCGGGGGAGGGGAGUAAUUCCUCCCCCAUUGGGCGCUACCUGUGGGUGCCCAUGCAUAUUCACAAUAAGUUCAAAAAUAAAAUAAUAUAAAAUUGCAAAUUGUAUUAAAAUAUAUGUAUAAAUAAAUAAUAUCUAACUAUCUUAGUAUCUACUUAACGCUGUACGUUUCUUUAUUCGAAUACAAUUUAAUAUAUAAUAUAAAUUAAUGUUAUGGAAACAUUUUAAAAUAUUUAAAGUUUAAAGUCACCAUUAUUAAAUUUUCAUAUAUCGUAUAAAAAUACAAUUUGGAAAAUAUCAAUGUUUGUUUUAAAAUUGUAUAACGUCUAUGCGUAAUAUUAAUUACAUAAUCGGUCAAUAUGUUAAUAUAAAAAUAAUAAUGUACUGAUGAUUAUUAUUUUUGAAUAUAGAUAAUAAUUUAAAUAGGUACCAAUAAUGCGCUAGUAUUCAAUUAAACGUACUUAGUUUAAUUUAUGGUAAUGCAUACGGGAUAAACAACAUAACGUAAGACACUCAUUAAAGAAAUUUUUCAUAAUGUCCGUUAAAUACUACAGUAAAAAUAACGUCCGGUUAAAUCAUACAGUAAUAUACCUAUUAACUUUAUAAAUGAAACUUUAUUUUUUGCAUCAUCAGAUUGCUUAAAAGUAUCCUGUUAAAAUGUUUUAUUAUAUUUUGUUAUAACCGUUUUUUUUAAUUUUUUUUUUAUUAUUAUCAAUUUUUCUAAUAAUACAUUUUUUCCUCCUAAAAUAAUUUCUAUAAACAUGAUAUCGUAAAUGAUCCAAUAAAAAAAAAAAGUUUUCAUUAAUAUGGUAAUUUCACAAAAUUUAGGGGAAAAAACCAAAACCUAUAAAAUAGUUGAUUUUGCUCCGAUUAACAAUAAUAGCACUUUUCAUAAAAAAAAAUUGACCGGAAGAAGAAAUUGAUUUUCCUAAGAGCAUUCCCAACAAAUGUGAACUGUCUACUGAAUUCCAUGACUCGGAAUCUUUUUUUCAUUAGCAAUGUUUAUCGUUGCUUAGAGGUAUAUAUUUAAUUACCUAUAACAGUGUGUGCACCCGUUCUCAUUAUCCUAGGACAGCUUGUUUUUUUUUGUUGUUAUUCAGUUAAACAUUUUUGUGCACGCUUGAAAUUCGGACAGAAAAUUUAUAUUUGUCUCUUUUAUAGGUAGUGGUUUAUCGUUGUGUACAGAUAUAAAUUACAUUUUCUUUUAUAUCCUACCUUCCUGACUUAUUCUCACCUACAACAGUUGCCUACCCAUCGUGCGAAGUAUCUCCGUAUCAUUUAAUUACUUUUUUUUUACCAUUAGUUGCUAUAGUAUUUUAUUUUUCGUUUAUUAUUAUUUAAUUAAAAAAAUAAUUAUUGUUCUUAAUAAUUAUUACUGGUAGUCGUACCUACACAAUAUAUUUCGCGACACGACAAUAUAACUAAUGCGUCGUCGUAAUUGGAGGGACUCACCCGAAACUUAGUGUAUUAUUAUUAUUUUUAAUAAGUAAUGAGGUAAAUAAUAUUAUUUUGCUAAUUUUUGUAAUUACGUCUUCCUCCACGCAUAAAAAAAAAAAUCACUAGUUUCACAAAUGGAAUGCAAUACCACUUAAUUAUUGCGUAUAACCAGACUACGGGGCUCUGCUAUGAUUAAAACAUGCCGGAAGAAUCUUUUAGAUUCCGACAAAUUAUCGUAUAAGAUUAUUAAACACGGACAAGAUAGUAGGUAUUUAGUAGUUUUAAUAUAACAAUAGUAUAGUGAUUUGGCCUAUUAUCGAACCUAAAGAUGAAUUCGUUAUUCUGUACGUGAUUAUUUUGGUUAUUUAAUAUAUAUCUGCAGUGUUUUGUGUGGAAACUUACAAAAUCUUUUCCAUUACUCGUCCGCUACCGAACUUAAGAAUGAAAUACCCCGGCAACCCGUUGACGGGAGUCAAUAUAAAAAUGUAUAUAAGCUAAUAUUGUCUAUUUUGAAAUUUUUAAAAUAAGUUGCUAUUUAAAAAUCAAAAGUAAGUAGUGGUUUCACUCCUCAAAAAUAAGGGUAACACAAAAUAAAGGAACUGAAAUAUUUUAGAGCUGCUUGUUUCUUAUAAUUAAAAAAAAAUAAAUUGUGAAAAAUGUAAUACUUUCCCGGGAUAAUGAUUAUUUUAGCUUAUGUUGAUCAUUCUGUAUAGUGCUAUAUUGUAUACCAUUUAAUUAAUCAUUUAUUGUAAAUUGUAGUUUUCUAAUAUUUAUUUACAUUGAGUGAUAAAUUUAAUGAAUUAUAUCGUAAGCAUUCCAAUCCACAAAACAUAAUAUUAUACUACGUUAAAGAUUUAUUAUAUUUAAAAACGUUGAUAUAGAUAUAAUAGUUAUAAUAGUAAUUAUUUGUAUAUUAUGUACAAGAACAUACGUAAACAUUAUUUGACAGUACAAUUUUUUAGUGCCUACAUUAAAAGUAGGAUUUAAUUGCCUUUUUCAAAACUAUUUAUUGAUUAGUAUAUAAAUUGUCCGUGGUUAUUAUUUUUAAUAUUGGUGAUAUUACAUUUAUAUAAGUAUUCGUUAAUAUUGUAUCGAUGUUUGUGUUUCUAAAAAUAAAUAAAUAAAUAAAAACACAUGAGUAGCAGAGUCCCGUCACUAAAGUCGAAUUUGCACGCAGCUUACUUGUUAUAAUAUUCUAUCGUAUGUUCUUUGUUUGGUAAAGAAAUUAACAAAAAUUAAAACAGGCAAAUUAGUUCUCGUGGUUUUUAAUGAAAUAUAAACAUACAUUAGGUUGAAGAUCAAAAGUUCAAAUUUUUAAAAGGCACAUCCUCGACAAAAAUUAUAUUUAUAUACAUACAUUUUAACCAAGUUACUUACUUUCAUGAGUUUGUAAGGAAAAAUAUUUUUUUUAAAACUUGAUUAUAAAACAUUGACUUUUCUCUAUUUUCUAUAAAUGCAAUAGUCCAGUGGUGGCUUAUAUAAUGCACGACCUUACUUGCCUCAUCUGGCGAGCCGUCAUUGUAAUAUGCUUAUAUUAAAGCUUCCAGAAGAAAUUCUUUAAAUACUAAAUAUUAGUAAAAACCGUAUCAAAAUCUGUUAAGUAGUUUAAAAUACAAGCAGACAGACGCGGAUAGCGACUUAGUUAAAAACUAUUGAGUAUUUACAUUUAUUAAGUAUACAUAAGAUUGAAGAUAUAUAUAGAUAUAUAUUAUAUAUUGUAAUGUUCGUCGAAAAUAAUAUAAAAAUAGAAGUAAUAUAUUUCUAUUAUUAUUAUAUCUUCUUUUAAAUAUUUAAGACACAAUGAAAAAUCUAUCACAGAUGGUUUUUAUUUCAUCGAAUGCAUAAAAAAAAAAAUGUAUAUAAUAGGGUGGUUUUUUUAUUCCACGUUGGAUAGACAUCAAUUAAAUCUAAAUAGUAAAAAAAAUUACCUUCGACCUAAUCUAAACAUAACCCUACCCUAUUAUACAUAGUACAUUUAUCCCAAUAAAUAACCAAUUUUUCUUUACUCGAUAAAUAAUAAGAACAAUUUGUAUAUUUUUCAGUAUUAUUUUUAAUAAGCUUUUAUUUUAAAUAUUCUAAAGAGUUUCCUGGUUUCGGUAUCUAUACUCAAGUCGAAAUGUUUUUAAUUAUGAUGUACGAGUACUUACCUGCAUAAUUAUUAUUGGAUAUUGAAUUAAGAAUGAUGUAAAUAUUUCAAGAUUACAUAUCGUGCAUGUUAACAAUGCAUAACAUGCAUAACUAAUAUUAUGAAUUAGGUAUAAUUAACAAUCUUUUAAGUAUAUACGAGUAGAUACUAUAGUGAUAGGUAGGUAUAUAAUAAGUAAUAAUAUGUGUACGUACAUACCCGAAAACAAAUUUGUGGUUGGUUCAAAUAUUUAAAUGGAAAACUUAACCAAAAUCUUUGGAAUAAGUACAUGAUACAUAAAUAAAUAUUAAAUAUAUUAUAUUUUAUAUUACAACACGGGCUUUUGCCUAAAUUACAGUUCUUACAUUUAAAACAAUACUUUGUUGGUUAUUUUAAGUAUUACUAAAGCAGGAAAGAAGAAUCUUGAUUUGCUAAAUACAUGCACUGGCGUAAAAGCUCAUUAUGGUCAUAAUUAAUUGAGGAAGCAGGAACUUAAAAAAAUAGGGUGGCGUGAGUGCCGAACUGAUACAUUAAAAGAGAUAUGGGAUAAUAUGUACGUUGAAUUAAUUUUCCCUUGCAGUAAUCGGGCCAAGAAAGUGAGGUUAGGUUUCCUGUACUUAACACGUAUUUUUCAGUUUUUCUUAAUUAUUAAACUACCGAGAAAAUUAAAAAACGACCUGUUAUUUUUCUAUUAGAAUAAUAAUAUAUAGAAAACAUAACCUGUACAAAUUUAAAUAAUGAAAUCGUUGCACUGUAAAUUGAAAAAUUACGUAUUUUUCGUCUUUUUUGGUUUUUAUUAUGGAAACACUUUUGAUAUUAAAAACGACUUUCUUUGUCAGUAGAUUAUAUUAUAAGGGAUCUUCUGUUAUUUUUUAAUUUGAGCAAGAUUUCUGAAAGGAAACAUUAUGUAUACAAAUUUAAAAUAAUGAAAUUAGUAAUGCCCCGGCGCGCCGUAAAUAUUUGCCGUUUUACCUAUAAUUUUCUUUCCGGGUUUUCCCAAUAAAUUUGAAAAACCUUUUGAAAAUCAAAAAAAAAUCUUCUCAACUACUUACUUACCUAUUUCUUAACACCAAUUAGACAAAAUUAUGCAAACAAAAAAAAAAAAAAAAACACAAAUCAUAGUACAGUAAGACGGCUGUUAAUGGUUCCCUCUAUGUAACGGUCAUUCUUUUUGGUUCCGUUAAGUGUUAUGCCUCUAUAGGAAACCGGAAACCUUUAAAGGACGAUCACCUCUAAAUAACGGUCAUUUUUACAAAUCCGAAAUUUCAUAUUUAAAAAUGUGCUGAUAUUCGAAAAACUGUCGCUAAUGAAUCUUUUGAAAUGCCGUAACUUUUAUGAAUUCCGCCAAACUUUGGUUAAUGCUUAUGUAAAUAAAAACUAAAAUAUAAAAGUCAAAUUUUGCAAAUAUUUUUUUUAGAUAGGUCGAUUAAAUCUUAGACCGUAGGUUCUACGACUCACGCGAUACCCAAUUAGCCACUAUCAAACGCGAGAAACCAACUAGAUAUUUAAGGCAAUAACGUAAUCCCGACAAACCUCAAACUUUUAUAACUUUUUUAAUAAUUAUUUCCGCAAAAAACGACCUAUAAGUACAAUUUAUAAAGAACCUAGUGUUAAAUGUCCAAGUAUUUCUCCGUCAUACAAUUUUAUAUUCCAGAUUUGUAUCGUCCAAGUUUUUACAGUCCAGGUUUUUACGCACUCCCAUGUACGAGUAGAUAUAUGUAGGUAAUAAAUACUUGCAAGGGUUAGGUUGGAAUUUUUUUUAAAAAUACAUGUGAGCCGGUGCGAUUUUUUAAAUUUUAAACUUAUUCCAGGACGGCUCGGUCGGGCUUUAAAAUUUAAAAUUUAUUACGGAUCGGGCUACAUUUUAUAAACAUUUGGUUUGGUUGUUGUUUAAAACAACAACCAAACCAUUUUAAAAUAAAUAACUUAUUUUUUACAUUUUUACUGUAAUAUUGUUUUUUAAUAAUUUUACUGUAACCUAAAAUUAAUAAAACUCUAAUAAAAACAAAAAAAUAUAUAUAUUUUUAUUUUGCGAUAUUAUUUAUUACAUUAUGAUUAGGUCAAGAAUUAUGGCCCAAAAAAAAAUCAGAAGGGGAUCAAGCCAAGGGUGGAGGCAAUGGUCCCUACUCGCAGCUCACCCCUGUGGACGCCUUGUUUAUCUACCCUUUUAAGUUAUUUAUUUAUCGAUUAUCUUAAAUAUCAUAAGCACAAAUGCGUGGUACGAAUGUAGAAUAUUAUUAGACUAUUCAAAUUUUCAGAAAAAGUAGAUUGCAACUAGGUGGGUUAACUUAGUUUAAUACCCGACUAAAAAUGAUUACUUUACACGAAAAUAGUCGUACUUACCCUAGUAAAAAUUUGCAUAAGUAGUACAAUUUCAUCUAAAUUAUAAGAGUCAUAUUUUAAAUCAAAAUAUUCCAUGCCAAUUAAGACCAGUUUGAUCAGGAAAUAAUAUAUAUUAAUAAAAAAAAGUAUAAGUAAGUUGCAAAUAAAUAGGUAUAAUAAUAAUAUCCAACUAAUAACAAUAAGGUACUUAGGGAGAUUAGGUUUACCACUAUAUAACUACUUUAUUAAAUACAUUACCUAAUAAUAAUUAAAUGGUGUAUCCAUUGGGCGUAGUCAUAGGCGGAUAGACCUACAGGGAAUUUCACGGUGAGCCCCAAAUGGGGCCCUUGGAUUUCCCUGGGUAGUGAUAGACACGAAUGGAAACUAUUGAAUUAUCAGUUUAUCCAUAAUGGAUCCAGGUAUGUAGGUCCAUGUUUAUAAUGUGUUAUCAGUCAUGUCAAAUUAUAAAAAACACUCGAAGAUUGUCCAAUUAAAUAAAAGGUUUUCAUGUAGAGUGUAACUGAACCUUUCAUGUGAGCCCUUUUUAAAAUUUCCCGGUAAGCCAAAAAUGGCGUAUCCGUCCAUGGGUGAAGGUAUUUAUUUAGAAGUAUGCACACUCAGCACUCCCCCUCCUAAAUUUAUCUCUGCUCUCUUGUUAUUUCAGAGUAAUAAGGAUUAUUAUUACUAAUAUAAGUAUAAUGUUAUCUCUCGAGCGUUGUAUACGUUUUACUUUCGGUGUGGAGUCCUCUUAAUACUUUAAUGGUUUGAUAGAUUGCAUUUUAAUAUGUGCACAAAUAAGUACCUACUUCAAACAAUUAAUAUUAUCAGUUUGCCUUAAGGUUGGCACUCUUGUAGUUUUCGUGAUACCGUACACGUUAAUAGUAAUGAUAAGGUAGCACUAUAAUCUGUGUGGAUUAAUCAAAACCAAAUUUUGUAUUUAAAGUCAACCGUGAAAUUCGUUAUAAUGUGUAGCUAAUUAUUUUUUAAAUGUGUUCUUUAUAAAGUAACUCGUUCAAAAAUGUUCUAAUUUAAUUGAUAACAUUUAUUUUUAUUACAUUAAUUUUAUAAUUUAAGUAUGUUGUGUUACGUGUUAUUUCACAGUUAUUAGUAAUAAUUGUGUACCCAUACAAAUUAUAUUGGUAUAAUGAACUCAAAGUACAAAAUAACUAACAAAUUUAGCAAUGAAUCUUUACAUUCACUUUUAGAUCGUGAAUCACUUAAUAGUCCAACAGGAUCAAAUUCUGUAUGAAUCUAAUAUUUAAAUAAACUUUAAAUACCUUCCUAUUUUAUUAUUAUUAUUAUUACUAUUAUUACUACUAUUAUUAUUUCAUUACGAUUUCAGUUGAUAGCAGAACAUGAAAAGAUGUGGCUUACGACCAAAGAAGCAAGUGCAGUUAGUGCUGAAGAUGUGUUGUCUAGAUUAAGAGUUAAUUUUAGAAGUGGAUUGUCUUGGAAAGAAUGUGAAUUCAGAAGACAAAUAACAGGAUACAAUGAAUUUUCUGUACAUCAAGGGGAUCCAUUAUGGAAAAAAUAUAUAGAACAGGUAAUUUAAUAUAAUAUAUUAAUUUUGGCAAUAAUUUGGUAGGUAAAUUGAUUCUUAUAAAGUCAUAUUAUGUAAUAGUCAUAUUCUAUUGAUAGUUUAUUGUGGCAAUAUAAUUUUAGUUACUAAACAUUUUUAGUUAAUUUAAAAUUAGAUGUUUAUGAUGCAAUCUAAAAAUUAUUUUAUAUUUAUAUAUAUUUUAACAUAAUUAUUAUUUUUUUUUUGUACAAUUAUAUUUUGUUCAAGUCUUAUUAUUAAAUAGUUAUUCACGGGCAUUAUCAGAGGGUGUAUGAAAGAUACAUCUCUCGUGAGUUUUUUUUUACAUCAUCAGUGCUACAAAGUACAAAUAUGUAGAGUAUUAUAGGUAAACAAUUUUUAUAUUACUUCUCAUAUAACAUUUGUUUUGCACCACUGUAGUUAUUAUUUUUUUUAAUAUUACUUAUACGAAUUUAAUAUCUAUUAUAUGGUUAAGUUUUUGUAUUUUGUUUACUAAAUAAAAUAUUAAUGCUUAAUAUGUAUUUAUACUAUAUUUACUGAAUAAUGGAUAUAAUGUUUAUGUAUUUGCGUUUGUUUCAGUUCAGAAAUCCAUUGAUACUCCUCUUAUUAGCUUCAGCUGUAGUCAGUGUGUUUAUGAGACAGUUUGACGAUGCUUUCAGUAUUACCACAGUAUGUAUUACUUAAACCAGCAAUUUUCAAACUGCUUUGGGAGGUGAGAGUUGAGGGUGAGAGGUGAGAGUAAUCUAGGUUUUAAUUUAGCUCACAAGUGACUUUACAAUUUUUUUUUAAAAUUUGUAGAAUUUAUGGUCAAAAAAUUACAAAAUACUGAAUUUCCAAAACUAUAGUUUUUAAGUUAAAAAUAUCAAACAUUUAAUUUUUUGUAAAUAUUAGUAUUUUGGGGCUCAACUUUUUGUUGAAAUCAGAAUUAACCUAUCGUACUAAUUUUGUUUGUUAUUGUUAAUAAACCAUGUACAACUUAAUUAUAAAGUUAUUUUAAACACUUACUUAAUAAAGUAACUAAAAUGUAUUAUUAUUUUUAUUCAGUGUUGUGUGUAACAAAUAUGAAACCACUCAUCCUCCCCUAAUCCCAGCGAACCUAAUUUUUAUUUUAAAUUUUGUUUCAUUAAUAUACAAAUAUUUAAAACAACUUUUUAAUAUAGUUUCAUGCAAUUCGUUAACAAUAAAAUAAAAAGCAAGUUUGAUUUCACCAAAAUGUUGAGCAUAAAAAUAUUAACAUUUAUAAAAAAAAAUUCUACAUUUUUAAAUUUUUGAUAUUUUAAACUUAAAACAUAAUUUUUGCAAAAAUUGAGCAGUUUGUAGUUUAUUGACCAUAACUUCCAAAGGAAGUUUAAGCGACUUUUUGAAAAUAUCAUAAACAUAAGCAUGCUAAAACACAUAUUUUGAAAUCAAAAAUUCAAAAAAAUUGAUUGGGAACUAAACUACAUUUGUUCCUCUCAUUUUAUUAAAUUUUGAGAUAUUCAGUGUUGCAAUUUAAGCAUCAAUCUAGUUUUGGACUUUUUAUAGUAACUCAAGGGCUCUGUGAAAAAUACAAUUUUGAGAAUCGCUGAUUUAAACAAUUAAAUUAUAAGUAAUAAUAAAAAGUAAAUAUUUUAUUUAUGACUUCUAUAUUAUUCUUAUUGUCACAGUUUCAAAACUAGUAAAAUAACACUAGUACUGAAAAUGAAUGAUAUUAAUGCUAGCCUUUUUAACUAAGUAAUUUGCUAUUUAUUUAUUAAAUAACUACCUACAUUACUGUAUUAUUAGUAGAAUGUUUAUUAUAAUCUUAUUCCAUCAUAGUAAUAUGAUGGGAAAUUUAAUUAUAUAUUCAUAUAGUGAUUGUAAUUAUUUUUUAAAUGUAUGAUAUUGAAAAGUGGAUUUAAUAUUUUUUGUGUAUAAUUUCGUCAAUGAGCAUUUUAUUUGACUGAUACUUAUAUUUGUAUAAGAUAUUUUUCUAGAAAAAGUAAAUUAUACUACUUAAAUAUUUCUUAUACAAUGAAAAAUAACUCUAGUCCAGUUUUUUUUUCUAGAGCUGGUACAAAACAUUUUUUUUUGAUAUCUGAUAUUCUUUUAUAUAUGUUGUCAAUUAAAGCUAAUAAUUGAUCCAAAUUUUUCUUUUCUUGCAUCUAUGAACUGAUAUAAAAACCUAUUUAUUUUUUAAAAUGUGAUAACCAAUAUAAAUCAAGUAAUAUGUAUACAUAUAUAUUUCAAAGUAGCAUUAUUUUCAUAACCACCAUUAUUACAUAAAAAUUGAUAUGCAACUGUGACUUCAAAAAAAAAAACUGAUACCAAUAGUACCAAUAUCGGUUAUCAGCAGUUCUCAAAUUGGUGGGAGGGGAAGGGCAUACAACUUAAAUUUUAAAUGCUUAAAAAAAAUAUUCUAUUAUGUUAAACUCUGUGUUAAAUUUUUAAGCAUUUUUGCUGUGCCAAAACAGUUUUAAUCAAAUAAAAUCCUAAAAAACUUGUAAAAUUCCAAAUGACUAUAAAUAACCAAAAAAUUGCCAGAAUGGUUUGAAAAUUGAAUAAUAUCUGGAAAGUCAUUAUUCUGGUAAAAAAACUGUUUAUAUAUAAAAUCUCUUAAUGGUUAUGUUAAGUUUAAUAAUUGCAAGGGACACUAAUUUUUCUAAAUUGUAUAACCUCUCUUCUUUUAUUUUACCAAUUCAAGCACUGUAUCAGUCCAGCUCUAUUUUUUACUAUUAUCUAAUAAUUUAAUAUUUUAACUUUAAUUAGGUGUUGAAUUAUUGAUAUGUGCAUAUUUGAUAUUUAUUAACAGGCUAUUAUUAUUGUCGUUACUGUUGCAUUCAUACAAGAAUAUAGGUCUGAAAAGUCAUUAGAAGCAUUGACAAAAUUGGUUCCUCCUACAUGUCGAUGGUUAGUAUUUAAAUAAAAAUCUAUUAUUAUUAUUAUCAUAAAUAUUAAAAACAAUAUCAUCAUUAUUUGUUUGGGUUAUAUUAUAUAAUUAUCCAUUAAUUUAUUUUAAAAAGUUUGUAAAUGGUAUGUUUUAUUUAUUUUAGUCUUCGAGAAGAACAAUUAGAAUCUAUGUAUGCAAGAUCAUUGGUGCCUGGUGAUAUUGUUUAUUUAAGUACUGGUGAUAGAGUCCCUGCUGAUAUACGAUUGUUUGAGGUAAUAUACAUUAUAAUUUAUAAUACUGAUAUUUAAAAUUAAAAGAAAUUAAAUUCACCUAAUUUAAACUUAUUUGAAAUAUAUUGUAAUUGCAUACUUGUUAAUUCUUAGAUAUAAGUAUUAUAUAAAUUGUAUACAAAUUAAUUGUAUUGUAUUUUAUUGUUAAAAAACAUCUGUUAUUAUAAUAAUCUAUGUAUUUGGACCAGUCUGUUUAAAAUUUAAAUUAUAAAAAAAAUAAAACCAUUUAAAUAUUGCAGGCUACAGAUUUAGCAAUAGAUGAAAGUAGUUUUACUGGUGAAACUGAACCAUCUAUGAAAACAACAGAAUUAGUUUUGAGUCCUAAGGGCCAUACAUCAAUGAAAAACAUAGCAUUCAUGGGUACAUUAGUACGGUGUGGAAAUGGUAAAGGAAUCGUAGUAAAUACUGGAGAAAAAUCAGAAUUUGGCGAACUUUUCAAAUUGAUGCAAAAUGAAGAGGCCCCAAAGACUCCUUUACAGAACAGUAUGGAUAUUCUGGGUACUCAAUUAUCUGUGUACUCAUUUUUUAUUAUUGGCUUAAUAAUGAUUCUUGGAUGGAUUCAAGGCCGUCCUAUUUUAGAUAUGUUUACUAUUGGUGUCAGGUAAAUAAUUAACUAAAGUUGUAAAAAUGGAGAUAAUUAAAGUAAACAAAUAUUUUAAUAGUUUGGCAGUAGCAGCAAUACCUGAAGGUUUACCUAUUGUUGUAACUGUGACUUUAGCACUUGGUGUGAUGCGUAUGGCUAAUAGAAAAGCUAUAGUGAAAAAAUUGCCAACUGUCGAAACUCUAGGUAAUUUUAAUAUAUUUUAAAAUAUAUUUCUAAUCUAUAAUCAAAUGUUUUAUUUUAUUAGGUUGUGUUAAUGUCAUAUGCUCUGAUAAAACUGGUACAAUAACAAAUAAUGAAAUGACUGUAACUACUAUUAUUACUUCGGAAGGAUAUUAUGCUGAUGUACGUUUUUAAAUCUAUUUAAUAAUUGAAAUAUAUGACAAAAAUAAUUUUAUUGUGGAAAUUGCAAUUUAAAUAUUUCAAUGUUUUUUAUAUAGGUUUCCGGUACUGGUUAUAAUGAUCAAGGUGAAGUUCAUUUACUUAAGUCAUUCUCUUCAGAACAAGCUAAGCAGUCCAUAUAUAAUUUAUUAGAAGUAUGUAUACCAAAUUGUGAACAAUUUAUACAAAAUAGUUAUUUUAUUUGCAAUUUCUGUUUCAUAAUAAAUGUAUUACUGUCAAAUUAGCUUUGCAUAUCUAGCAGAUUUGUUUAAACAGUUCUCCAUAUAUUAGAUACAUUUGAAAAUCAGAAAUAAUACAAUUAUUUAACUUGUAUUUGUUUUUGAAAUGUUAUUUCAAUAUUUGUAGGGAGUAAUUUAAUAAAAUAAAUUUAAUGUAUUACAGAUAGGAGUUAUUUGUAAUAAUGCCACUAUUAAUGGAGAGACAUUACAAGGCCAACCUACAGAAGGAGCCCUUUUAGCAGUUGCAAUGAAGGUAAUAACUAAAUUGAAUAUUAUAUUAUUUAGUAUUUGCAUUUUACAUCUUUUAUAAUAUUUUUAAUUUUAGAAUAGAAUGUAUGGUGUUAAUGAAAAAUACCUAAAACUUCAAGAAUAUCCCUUUAGUUCUGAACAAAAACUUAUGGCUGUGAAAUGUGUUAAUAAAUAUGAUGACGUGAGUAUAUAAAAUUGUAUUAUAUUUUUUUAUUCAUAGCUAUAUUGUUUUACUAAAAAUUUAAUUCAAAUGCAUAGGUAAAAGAAGAAAUAUAUUUUGUAAAAGGUGCUUUAGAGAAAGUUUUGAAACAGUGUACAAAAUAUUCUAAUGGAAAUGAUAAAAUAUCAUUAAGUGCUAAGAAGGAACAAGAAAUAUCUACUGAAGCAUAUGAAAUAGGUAGAAAGGGUCUUCGAGGUUAGUUGUAUUUUAAAAUUAUUAAUCAAAUUUUUUAUUGAUAUCUAAUUGUAAUAUAUUAUUUAGUUAUUGCACUAGCUAAAGGAGAAUCUUUACAAGAUUUAGUUUAUUUGGGAUUAGUAGGAAUUUGUGAUCCUCCUAAACCAUUUGUUCGAGAAUCAAUUGAACAAUUAUACAAUUACGGGGUUAAAGUAAAAUUAGUCACUGGAGAUGCUCAAGAAACUGCUGUUGCCAUUGGUAUACUGUUUAUAAUAUAAUUAAUAAAAAAUUAUUAUUAAAAAUACACAUACUUUAAUCUUAAUUAUAAUGUAAUUAUAGGAAGUAUGAUUGGUUUAGACAUGAUUCAUGGACAAACAUUAUCUGGUACACAAAUUGAUAAUAUGUCUGAUCAUCAAUUAAAAGCUAUGGUAAACAAUGUGUCAGUAUUUUACCGUGUUACACCUCGUCAUAAAUUAACAAUAAUCAAGGUACCUAAUACUUUUAAUUAUAUUCUCUAAAUUGGAUUUAUUUGUACUAUAUAGGUAAUUUUAGUUUACUGGUUUUUUUUUUCUUUUAGUAUGUUUUGUAGGGUUGAAUUUUCCACUAGUCCAGUAUGGUCAAUUAAUUUUACUUUUUUUUAUUAUUUAUUAAAUAAAUAAUUAAAUUCUUAAAUCUAAAUUGUAUUUUAUUAUUUUUGGUUUUUACUCGAACCUUAUAGAGAUAGAAAUAUUACUUCUUUUUAAUUACUAUUCUAAAAUAUUAAGUAUUAUAUCUUAUUGGUUGAUAAUAUUUAAAAACCGUAAAAUAAUUUAUGUAAAAUGUAAAUUAAAUUUAAAUUUUAUAUUGUAUCAGAUAAGUUUAUUUUUACAUAUUUAUAAUUAUAGUUUUUUUUUUCAUAUUUAACUGUAGGCUUCGACUACACUGGUCAUUGGCCGCAAUUUUAGUUUUGUAUGUAUAAUAUAAAUAUAUAUUAUUAUUAGGCGUUACAAGCAAAUGGUAAUGUUGUUGGAAUGACUGGUGAUGGAGUUAAUGAUAGUGUUGCAUUAAAGAAAGCUGACAUUGGCAUUGCUAUGGGUAAAAAUGGAACAGACGUGUGCAAAGAAGCAUCAGACAUGAUAUUAGUCGACGAUGAUUUUCAAACAAUCGUAGCAGCCAUAGAAGAAGGGAAAGGAAUAUUCUUUAAUAUUCGAAAUUUUGUUAAAUUUCAACUUAGUACUAGUAUUGCUGCAUUAUCUUUAAUUGCUUUAGCAACUAUUUUUAGAAUACCAAAUCCUUUAAAUGCUAUGCAAAUAUUAUGGAUUAAUAUAAUUAUGGAUGGACCACCUGCUCAAAGGUAUAUUAUUUAUUUAUUUAUUUAUUUAUUAAUUAGUUAACAUUAAUGCAAAAUUAAUACUUUUCAGUCUUGCAGUUGAACCAGUGGAUAAAGAUGUUGUUAAACAAGGCCCCCGGAAUGUUAAAACACCCAUGAUAACAAAAACACUUGUGUUGAAUGUUCUUUUAUCAGCAUCAAUUAUUAUUAUUGGGACCUUAUGGGUAUUUAAACGAGAAGUGAGUUAUUAUAUGUCACACUAAAUUUGUUAAAAUGUCAAACAUUUGCUGUAUAGUGAAAUAAUAGGUGAUAUGGUGACUGUAUAUUUUAGUCGAUUUAUACCUAAAAACCAGACGAAAAUGUAGGAAUUAUUUUUCAAAAAUAUUUUUAAAGUGUUUAGUUUUUAACUAAUGAUAAACUAUAAGAUAGUUAAAAUUAUAAAAAAAAAAAAAAUAUUUAAAUGCUGAUAGGUGUGCCUCUGUUAUAGGCGGUAAGUUGGAAAAGUAAAAUACAUAGUCAUUUAAUUUAUGUCUGUAUGAAAUGAUACAUAAUACUAAUAAUCAUUGUUUGAAAACAAUCCGGUAGGAAAUAGACCAUUGGGAAGACCAAAAAUGAUGUGGGAAGAUACUGUUAAGAGGGAGGUGGUUCAAACUGGAGAACUGUGGUAAUGAAGGCAAUGAAUAGAUAUGGUUGGAAAAUUGGCUGUGAGAUGGGAUAGUCCUUGUAGUCGGAUAUACCAAACAAAAAGAAAAAAAAUCAUUGUUUUAGAAUACUCUGAAAUUAUCAUGUUUUUCAUCAAAAUGUGAACUUAAAAAAAAAAAUUACUAAAUUAUGUUUACUUUUCUUUAAGCUUAUGAUGAACCUCAUGAAUAAUUUUUAAACAUUUUGAUUUGAACAAAACAAUUUUAUUCAUGUAUAACUAAUUAAUAAUUUUAACAACUUCAAAUGAUUAUUAAAACUCAAAAAGCACCAAAAUAUUUUGAACAUUAUCCUGUCUAAAAACAAAGUAUCUAAGUAUUUUAUAAAAAUAUCAUAUAGCUAAAGUUAUUUUUAACCAUAGAACAAAUUAAAAAAUAAUGACACUGUUAUUGCAGUAAACUUUCUCGUUUUUCCUAAUUAUUAAAAAAACUACAUGAUGAAUAAAAAAUCUAAUAUCUAUAAUGUAUCAAAUAGAAUUCUACAAAAAAACUUUCUUGUCACUUUUUGAUUGAAGCUAAAUUUCUGGUGGACAAGUUAUUUACUGACAGAAAAAAAAACAAAUCAUAGUAAAACCAAUAAAUUCCUUACUUUGCUUAUAAUGUAAAAAUAAUUCAAACUUAUUUUAGUAAUAAUGAUAAUAUGUUUUCAAAAUUUAAAUCUGUCGAACACAAUUGCAACAGUUUUGUUUGGGGUUUCAGUCUAAAAUGUAUUAUUCAUCGAUAAAUUAUUAGAAAAGCUUUAUCAUGAAGCUGGUCACUGGUCAUUAACAGUAAAUAAUAAUAAAAAAAAUAUUCUUCUGCUUCAAUAUUAUGAAAUUUAGAAAACUAUCAUCAAUCCAUUUACAUUUACACUAUAUUAUUAUUUAUUAUUUAUUAUUUAGUAUAAAGUUUAUGUAUAAUUUCAGAUGAGUGACAACGAAGUGUCUAAAAGAGAUACUACUAUGACAUUCACAUGUUUUGUUUUUUUUGAUAUGUUUAAUGCUCUUAGUUGUCGUUCACAAGUAUGAGAAUCUUAUAUCAUAAUAGAAUUUUAUAUUAUUAUUAAUAGUGUUGUUUAAUUAAAUAAAUAAUAUUGUUUUUAGACAAAAUCGGUAUUCACUAUUGGACUGUUUUCUAAUAAAAUGUUUCUUGUUGCUGUUACACUUUCUGUUGUGGGACAAAUGUUGGUGAUAUUUUUUCCACCUUUGCAGAGUGUAUUUCAAACAGAAGCACUUACUCUACAUGGUAAAAAAAAUUAUAUAUAUAUUAUAUAUUAUUAUUAUCAUUAUUUCAAUAUUAUUUGUUUUUAUUUUGAAAAUUAUUUAGAUAUAUUACUUUUAUUGGGGUUAACAUCAAGUGUAUUUAUUGUGUCAGAAAUAAAAAAAUUUAUAGAACGACAGUAUCAAAGAAGACUAACCAGAGCUCCCAGAAAACAAAUGGCAUUUGUGUAAUAAUAUUGCACUAACACCAUUUUUUGUAUUAUUAUUGGUGUUACAAAUUUAACAAUUAUAAAUUAAAUGACAAUCGAAUAGUCAUAAUUCGUAUUUUUUUAUAAUAUUAUAUUCAUUUUGGUGCAAUAUAAAUCUCAUGCUUUUAAGUUGUGUAUUUGCAUAUUUUAGUUCCUUUCUUCUUUAUUGAUUUAAAUAUUUAAUAUUAUUAUUAUUAUGUGAAUUCAAAAAAUUAUGUUAGUUGUUUAAUUAUCUUAAUUUGAUUGUUCAAUGUGAUUAUAGUUUGUUAUACGAUUAAAAUUUCAUUUAGUUAUCAGAAUAAAACCAAUGUCAUAUCUCAGUUUUAUAAAAUUGAAUAUUUUUAU